CAGCUGUGAGUGAAAAAAGUGGAAAUUGAAAGAAAAACAAAAAACAAGAAGAAGAGCAUUCAACAGCAAACGUCAAAUAAGAACACACGUGCAAAGUUAGCUGCACGCUUUUUAUCCAAAUAAAAUAGUGAAAAAACUAAAAUGGCAAUCGAGGCAAAGAAUAAAAGAAAACGUAAACAUCAGAACGUGCAAGAGAAUGGCGAAGACUUGCCCGAUGAAGGAGAAGUUGCAGUGCCGAAGAAAAUCGCCAAGAAAGCAAAACCAGCCAAGGAGGAUAAAAAGCAGCAUAAAAAUAAUAAAAAAGGCAAGUCACCUGCUGCUGUAGCGCAGGAAAAUGCCAAACAGCUAGCUAAGGAUGCAAAAUAUACAAACGGUGAUGCAGAAGUACAAGAUGAGGAGGAAGAAGAAGAAUAUGGUGAGGAGACAAUGCAGGAGCACGAUUCCGGUUAUGAAGAGAAAUCAAUGAAGUUUGCCAAAGAUUUCAAAAUGCUAAACUUUCGUACAAAGCUGCGCAGCAAUAAUUUUAUAACAGAGCUCCGCCACUUUCUGCAUAUUGUGCAAUCGCGUCCCAAAUUAGUCGCCAAAUACAUAGAGAAGCGUGGCAAACCGCUCGAAUUGGCUGAAGCACUGGAGCGUGUGGACAAACAAAAUGUGCUACACAUUGGCUAUCUUUGCCAGGCGUUGCAGCUGGUGCUAAUGGAAAUUGUUUCCAAUCAAAAGGAACACAUGGAGUCGGCAGUUUAUGCAUCACGGUACUUUCUCAAAUCACAUGGCGCUGUGAUUGAUCAACUGCUGAAAUCCGCACAAUUACAACAUCGACGCACUGCGCUCAAAUUACUCACCGCCAUAGUGUGUGUCGACCCACAAUUGGGGCGUCAAUUGCUCGCCUCCUACGACAUACUCUCCAAUGUAAAGAAAAUCGAAAAUAUGCUUUCACAUUCACCGCUAGAGUUGAAAGAAACGGAAACUGUGCGUAAAUGUUUCAUACACUUUGUGCUCGCCUAUUUGAUUGACGGCAAUACGCUGCUCAUACGUAAUAUACUGGAUCGUGGAGCGCUGAUACGUGCACUCGCUUCUGGUUUGCAAUAUGAUGAUCAUGUAACGGUUUCUGUUGUGGUGAGCACACUGCGUAAAUACGUUUUGGAAUGCAAUGAAAUAUCGAAGACGAAAAAAAUACAUGUCUUCGAUGCUGAGUGCUGUAGAUAUUUUACGCGCCUCUACGAUUGGUUUGGGCCCAAAGUGUAUGCCACUAAGUGUGCCGGUAAACAGGGACCACACACACAGUUGAGUUUGGAACAUAUUGAGUCGCUGGUGAAUGAGGAGGAGCGCGAUGCGGUGGCGAAGGUGACACAUGAAUUUCUGUUACUGUUAAUGACUUCGCGUAAGCAUGGCAUCUGCUUUGAUGCAGUGACAAAUUACCGGCAGAAACAUAAUGCCAUACAGGGCAAAGUUGUUGGUAUGCUCAUCAAACCUUGGUGCAAUGCACGCAAAACGGAGCUGGUUAUACGCAUACUUACCACCUGUCCGGACCUCGCACGUCACACGGUACGUCAUUUUGCUGGCAUUGUAAAUCCAAUGCGCACGGCUCAGCGUGAUUGGGUUGCUGCUUGUGAAUUUCUCACGCUUAUUAUCAGCACUUUGCAACCAGAAUUGUUGCGCGCCGCUUUAGAUAAAAUCACACUCACCGAUUGCACCUACUUCAUCAAAGAUGUCUGCUUGCCUAUCGAAUCGUUGGCCCUGUUGACUGGUGCAAAAAUGGUGCGUCACAAGACGUUCGCCUUUCGUUUGGCCGCCAAUAAACUGUUGUAUGCCAUGUUUGCGCAAUAUUCCGCCUAUUUAGCGGCCAUAACGAAACGUGAGGAGGCGCGUGGCAAUUUGAAUUCAUUGCGUCGUUUUCGUUUGGAUAUACUAAAUCACAUUUUGGUGAAUUUUCCCACAGUUGAGGAGAUACUCUUCUCGCUGUAUAUGUCUAUCAAAGAUCAGGAGACCGAGGAUGUGAUUGUGUUGCAUCACUUAGAUGUUGCGUUAGAUUUGCUGCUGGUUAUUUGUAAGGAGCAUCGUUCGUUUGUGAAUAAAACCAGCACCAUUUUGGAUUAUUUGAAUCUGUUGCGUCCGCUGUACGCCGGUGAUGAGACGGGUGAAGCCAGCGGCGACACAGGCAAUAUUAAAUUGGAAUUGAAGGCAAUUAAAACCAUAUUGUUGUUGCUGCCGAAAGCGCUAGAGCCCACCGAACAGCUGUUUAGCAGUGUAUUGAAAUCAUUCAUUAAGGCUUACAUGUAUGGCAACGACGUGGUGCGCGUUGAGGCGGGACAGUUGUUGCAUAAAAUAUUUUUGAAUACCGGACUUUUUGACUCCGGUGUGUGGGAGAUCGAUUUGUGGUUGGAAGCUUUGCGUUUCUUCGACGCCGACACCGUAGAUGUGGUGACACAGGUGUUCAUCGAGGCGCUGCAGGUCACGCGCGUUGAUGUUGAGAUGCCAAAAACCACCGAAACCAUAUUGAAUGAGCAAAAUUUGCAGAAACUCUUUGUGAAUAUCGAGAGUGGUCUCUCCGUGCAAGCUUAUGUGGAGAGUGUUUCGCUGAGCAAGCUUAUGCCGCUGAUCUUUAAGGGUGUUGAAAUCAUUGCGCCACUUGAUAAAUACCUAGAAACUGUGUGUCUGCUGCUCUAUCACUACUACCCGAAUCCAGAGCAAGUCUAUCAAUUGUACAAGGUGGAGUUUAAGACGCUCAGUAAAUAUAUGUGUAGCUGGCUAGCCACAAGCGGCAAAGAACUAACGCUCGCAAGCGCCAAAUUGCCUGCAGAAUUAAGCAUUUUGUCGCAACUACAUGACGCGCUUGUAAGCGGUGAAGUGAAGUUUGCUAAAAUUUUUGCGAAAUCAAAAACUGAAGUGCAACCGCUUGAGCUGACACUACGUGGUGAAACCGUCGCGCUCAGCUCUGAGUUGAAUAGUGAGCGUUUACUUAUGAUUUACGUGCAGCAAGCGCUCUUUGUGAUCGCACAAUUGGUGGAGAAGCAGCGGCUGGCGCGCAAGCAAGCCGAAGCGGCGGCCGAAUUUCUAGGCGAUUGCAUUGAAGUGCUGUGCACGUUGACUACAGCAGAGACUGCAAACGAUGAGCAGGAGUACAAUUUCGUGGAUAAUUUAUUUAAAUACGUUUUCAAUUUACGUUUAACGCGCAUACAAAGCACCGAGCUGAUCAGCGCCAGCAAUGAAACUCAACUGAGUUAUCUCUACUUCUUGCGCUUGCUUGCGGAGCGUUGCAAUGGUCAAGCGUACUUUGCGACGCAUGCGUCGAAUUGUCGCCUAAAAGUGGUGAAAGCGAUUGCCAUCUCGAUACAGUCUGUGGAGCAGACCAAAGCUUCUAGCGAACAGCUGCAGGACGCGGUGCGUUUGGUGCGUGCCUUACAGUUAAGCGCUGGCGAAUGCAUUGAGGUGCUCGAAUUGCUGGUGUCCAAACUGAAAUACAGCGAUUUGGUGCUGGCGGAGACAAUGCAAAAGAGCAUCUACUAUGAGUUGUUGGUGUGCGUGUUGCAGCGUUUGGCCGCGCUGAAGCAGUCAGUAAAAUGCGAUUUUGUGCGAAAAUUUGUUAAGAUUUAUGUGAAUUUGGUGAAGCGUUUUGGCGCCGACAUGGGUUACGACCAGCUGGAGGAGGCGUUAUACGAUUUCUUAAGCGUAGCUCAUCAGUACAUACCGCAGUUGGGUGCGAAAUUCUUUGGCGCAUUCUUCGCCGAGCGACGGCUCGCCAAGCCUACCAUCAAGCUCGCUUCUUUGCUGCUCGAGCGCGAUGUACAGUUGGACCAGGAAUUCGUGCAGUUGUUGCCAUCACAUCUGCAUAAGAAGGAGCUCGUCUAUCCGCUGCUCGAUAUUGCAUUCCGUAAGGGCUUGACGCUGGAUCCAGCGCUGCUGCAAAAUAUCUAUCAGGCGUUCAAGAGCGGUUUCAUGAAGACUAUUGAGAAGCCGCAGAAAGCGGGUGUUAUCUAUAAGGAGCAUGCUGACGCUUCCAUUGCCUUGAUUGCGCACUGUAUGCCGCGUUCGGAGUGUGUGGAUUUUUGUAAUAAAACUUUCAAAUUCGAUGGAUUGGAGGUGUACCAGUUGCGCGUAAUACAUGCAAUUUACAGUAAGGCUUUUGGCGUUGCCACAGAUGCGGCGCAUAACAACCAACAGCGCGCGUCAAUAUUUGUGAAUUUCAUCAAUCUACAGAUACAGCUGCUCAGCAUUGAAUUGAAGAAGCAACAGGUGGACGCCGAGAAGUUGGAGUUGUGCGCUUUCCUAUUGCAAGAUUGGUGGCAGUUGGCGCGCACCGAGUGCGCCCCCAAGCCGUUGGUGGUGAAAAAGCAGAGCGCUGGUAAGAAAAAGAAGCAGAGCGCUGCGGCAGUGGAUGCUGAGGAUGAAGCGCUUGCGCAAGCGGAGGGAGUAGACACAGACGACGCCACAGAUUUCACGCCCGAUUUCACGAAGUUGCUGCAAAAUCAGCAAUGGCUGAAUUUCUGUAAACUCUGCCUGAAGCUGGGCAUGCAAAGCGCAAUCGGCGACGACGUCGCGCCACAACAGUCUGACGUUACGCAUGCUUUAUUGCUGCAAUUGCUGGCUUACCUCUGCCAGCAGAUGUAUGCGGACUUCACAGCGGCGGCGGACGCAGCGCUACCACUUGCCGAGCCUGCGCAGCUUUUCGAUAUGAUUUGUACGCAUUCCAAAUUUUUCGAUAUAGUUUUGUCAGCGCGUGAGACACAAGUGAAAACGCAAGUGUUGCAUCUACUCUACACGCUGGCGCUGAAGAAUCCCGCGGCGCUUAGUGACGCGCAAAUACCGAUAAUAUUGGGCGCUUAUCAGGCGAAACUGAGCGAUGCUGAUCGCUAUGCGUUGGCAUUGUUGCAACUGUAUGAGGUGCACGAUUGUGGUCUGCAACAAUAUCGACCGUUCAUUUGGGGUGAGAGCGCUAUAGCGUUUUAUGCAUUGCGCGCCGCGGAUGAGGAGCGCGCCAAGUUGACACAGCAAGAGACUUCCAUUGCGCAGGUAAUGUCGCUAAUCGAUCGUCAGCUAUGCGAGUACACAAUCGAUAAUUUCCCAAUCUGGCGUAAAUUGAAUAGCGCACAACAAUUGCCAACGCUCGAGUUUCGCGAUCCAGCAAAGAAAGCGCUCGUCUUCGGCGGCAAUGAGCUAGAGCGUCGCAUUGAACGCGGGGAGGCGCAAUUCGAUGAAGCCGAACUGCGCUUGUGUCCGGUGCGCGCGCGUGUCUAUCAGCAAUGCUAUGAUCCGGCGUUCUUUGUGCCGCUUAUGAAUAUGUGCUUUGCGCCCGAGGCGUAUUCACAUCCUGCGCGUCCAGUGCAAAAUGGUUUACUCUCCAUGGUGUUUGCGGCGCUCUCAUCGCAGGAUCGCGAUAUGCGUUUGGCCGCCGGUUGCGUGCAAUUGCGUUAUCGCGCGCAUUUCGAGGCGAACAAAUUCUUCGAGCGUCCGCUGUGGGUGCAGGCGUACGACAACAUACAAGCGGGUCUUAGUGAGCUGCGCGAUGCGUGGGUGAAGCACAAGAAGAAUAGCGGCACACCGCGUGUGCCAUACAUACCCGGUCUCUUUGUGGCGAAGACCUUCAAUCUGACCACCGAUGCAACACAUUUACUCUACAAACAACUUACGAUGUAUUUGCGCUUGAAGAGCACCUUUAAUUUCCAAUGUGUGCCUGAGUUCAACGUGCUCUUCUACUCGCCGGAAAUCGAGCAUCAGGCCUUCCGCCAAUUCAUUGUUGAAGUCAUACGCAAUGGCUUGAAGUCAGGCUCGGAUCUCUUCUUGCUCGUCACCACGAACACCUUCAAAGUGUUGCAGGGCUUCUAUGGCAGCGCCAUGUCUACGCUGGAUAUGAAUUUACUUAUUAUCUCCGUCUUCUCGACUUGCGCCAAAAUACCCGCCUCCUCGAAGGUUAUGAUCGAGCAUGUCGGCCUGCUGCCCUGGCUCAACUCCGUCAUCAGCACCAUUGAGUUCUACCACUUCGACAUUAUAGAGGGACUGAUCAGCACGCUCAGCAACCUCUGGUAUUCCGUUAAAGCUUUUGCUCAUAAGUUCCACAAUUUCGCGCACAUAACACUCGAGCUGCAUUUGCUCGUGCUGCGUUUACUGCCACAUCUCUCCGCGCGCAUUUCACCACACAAUUUUGCGCGUCUAAUGAAUAUACUACAGAAGACGACGUGCGGUCAGCAUAGCGCCAUGUCGGAGACGCAGUUGACCAACUUGAUUGAAUGCGCUGGCAAGCAUUAUCCGUCGCUGGUGCAGGACAUCGAGGGCAUCAAGGCAUUUGGUGGCGCUGGCGCGGCUACACAUGAGGCGUACUGUCGCCAAUUGUACGCGGCGACAGGCGACGCGGCGGAUGCGUCCACCACUAUUAUGACCUUGUCGAGUCUGCGCGCUUACACGAUCGAUUGGUGGCAGAGUAGGCAUGCGCAGGAUGCGGAGGGAAUUAUUUCAACGGAUGUUGAGCUGAAUGCUACAGUGGUGGAGUAAGCGAUUACCUCUUGCGCUUAAUUUUUUUGUUCAAAUUCAUCUAUUGAUUAGCCUUAAAUUUUAGCGUUAAGUUUUCAAUUUUUUAAAUAUUGUAUUUUCUGUAAUGGCGAUUAUUGUAAAAGAAAGUCUUUAAAUAAAAUAUAUGUAUGUAGAUAUGUA